AUGUUUUCGAAGUCGAAGUAUGAAGCGGCACAUUUGUGCGCCAGCUAUUCGUACCGAGACGCUUUGGAUGAGGCUCGCAUGACUUAUUUGCUCAAGAAGUCCGAAUUCAGCGACCAUUUCUCGAAGGUAACAGAAAAGUGCUUUCGAUUCGAGAGCGAAGGCCAUGUACGGGCGAUCAAGCUCUGGGAUCAAAGGGUCAAGGACAUCCGCGACAAGUAUGUGCAUAAACGCACCAUUUUGCCCCUCUCCGUCUAUUUACUUUUGGAAGUCGCCAAUAUCAAGAUCUGGGACUCCGGAGAGGUGGAGAAGAUGAGAUUGGCUGGUGACGGUUUCGCGCAUAUGGCUGAGCGUCUUCAACGUUUGGUCCUAGGCUCGAGGGUGGGUCCCCGUUCAUGA